AUGAGCCAGCACAGACUUGACAAUGCCGACUCGCCAGAUCUCGAUCUUCGCCCGUACCUCCCUGCUUCCCCGCAUGGGACAGUCCUCAUCACUACGAGGAAUAGUGAAUGCGUCGGCUACGCUCUGGAUGGCGCAGUCUCUGUUCGUGGGCUUGAGGAGAGCGAGGCGGUCAAGCUCCUCCAUACAACCGCCGAUAUUACACCCACAUCCGACGGUGAAUCCCUCCGAAUUGUCAGGGAACUAGGAAUGCUGGCGCUCGCAAUUACCCAGGCAGGAGCGUAUAUUCGCAAGACGCGACGCCUUGAUACAUACCUCGACACGUUUCGCAGGCAUCGAGAUCAACUUCUACGCAAGCGACCAGAGCUCGGGACGGAGUAUACAUCGUCGACGUAUCCUGCAUUCGACCUGUCCUUCGACGACCUCCCCUCGAAGACGCAGGAGUUCCUGAAGCUCUGCGCGUUUCUUCAUCACUCACUCAUUCCUAUUUCGCUCUUUGAGCAGUCGACGUUGCAUGGUUUUGCCGCAUACGCCGCUCUGGGCAGCUACCCUCCACCAGAGAGUGACAAGAUCUUCAUCUCCGACCUUGAGCGGAUAGUAGGCUCGACAUGGGAUGACUCUGUGUUUCAGGAAAUCGUUGAUUCGGCUUCUCGUACGUCGUUCGUCGAUGUUUCGAGUGACGGAUUAUUCUACAGCGUGCACCCCCUCCUUCAGGUUUAUAUAAAAGACCGUCUUGAUGAAGAAGAACGCCGACACUACCUGAGUAUGACAAGACAACUCCUGCUUGGUGCAAUUCGGCCGGUGGACGGCAGUAAUGUGCUACAUUGGCAACUGCUUCCCCACGCCAAUAAUAUAUCUCACACCACAAAGUCAGAAAGUGUGUCACAUGCGCUGGCAUUUCACAAACUGUACGAGUCCCUAGGUGACUGGAACUCGUGUCGAAAGCUGUUGGAACCUGCUGUUUCCCAACCGCAACAGGCCGAAGGCAAAGGGCAUGAAAUUUUGAUAUGGAUUAUGGGCAACCUUGCUCAGGCAUUAAAUGGAUGUGGUUUACUUGGCGAGGCGGAAAGAAUGGAGCGAGAAGUACUCACGCUGCGGCUUGAUAUCCUCGGAGGACGCCAUACAGACACGAUCAUGGCAAUGAACAACCUUGCACGGACAUUGCGUGACCGUGGUCAACUGGAUGAAGCAGAGAAGAUGCAGCGAGAAGUGCUCACGCUGCGGCUUGACAUCCUCGGAGGCCGCCAUCCACACACCAUCAUGGCAAUGAACAACCUUGCAAACACCUUGCGUCACCGUGGUCAACUGGAUGAAGCAGAGAAGAUGCAGCAAGAAGUCCUCACGCUGCGGCUUGAUAUCCUCGGAGGACGCCAUCCAGACACCAUUGCGGCAAUGAACAACCUUGCAAGCACCUUGCGUGACCGUGGUCAACUGGAUGAAGCAGAGACGAUGCAGCGAGAAGUCCUCACGCUGCGGCUUGAUAUCCUCGGAGGACGCCAUCCAGACACCAUUGCGGCAAUGAACAACCUUGCAAGCACCUUGCGUGACCGUGGUCAACUGGAUGAAGCAGAGACGAUGCAGCGAGAAGUACUCACGCUGCGGCUUGAUAUCCUCGGAGGACGCCAUCCAGACACCAUCAUGGCAAUGAACAACCUUGCAAACACCUUGCGUGACCGUGGUCAACUGGAUGAAGCAGAGAAGAUGCAGCGAGAAGUCCUCACGCUGCUGCUUGACAUCCUCGGAGGACGCCAUCCAGACACCAUUGCGGCAAUGAACAACCUUGCAGCCACCUUGCGUGACCGUGGUCAACUGGAUGAAGCAGAGAAGAUGCAGCGAGAAGUCCUCACGCUGCGGCUUGAUAUCCUCGGAGGACGCCAUCCAGACACCAUUGCGGCAAUGAACAACCUUGCAAACACCUUGCGUGACCGUGGUCAACUGGAUGAAGCAGAGAAGAUGCAGCGAGAAGUACUCACGCUGCGGCUUGAUAUCCUCGGAGGACGCCAUCCAGACACCAUUGCGGCAAUGAACAACCUUGCAGCCACCUUGCGUGACCAUGGUAAACUGGAUGAAGCAGAGAAGAUGCAGCGAGAAGUCCUCACGCUGCAGCUUGAGAUCCUCGGAGGACGCCAUCCACACACCAUUGCAGCAAUGAACAACCUUGCAGCCACCUUGGGUGACCAUGGUCAACUGGAUGAAGCAGAGAAGAUGCAGCGAGAAGUACUCACGCUGCGACUUGAGAUCCUUGGAGGGCGCCAUCCAGACACCAUCAGCGCAAUGAACAACCUUGAAAUCACCUUGCGUGAUCGUGGUCAACUCGAGGAAGUGGAGAAAAUGCACCAAGAUAUGCUUGCUCUGCAGCUUGAGACUCGAGGGCAAUCGGCAGCAGCUUAA